AUGGCCCUGGAGGCAAUUGCCGAGCUCAGUCGGGUGUUUCCCGGGUACCGGUUUGACAGCGAUUUCCUUACGAGUGGCGUUGAUGUCGCUGACGCCAUUGAUAGCGGCGAUUGGGACCAUUUGGCGCAAGUGGCCCGCGGGUGUAUCUCCACUAAACCAGGCAAUAAUGACCCUAUGCUCAUUGACGAAGUGGCUCCCUGGGUUGAGAAAGUGCUAAAGCUUCCCAAUACCGAUUAUACUGUGGUAUAUCUCGAGGUAUUGGUCCAGUUGGUGCGUACUCUGUACCGUCUCCAAACGGGGCUUGACCACGCCAAAUUCCAACAGAAAAUAUGCCAAUGGCUUCUUCUCGAUAAUGUUGAAGCUGUAGACCACCAGUUGGCCUCAUUAUUACGCUUGUUUUAUCCUUAUGGCGCCCUGGCUGCCACGAUCCACGAUAUCGUUAAACCCGCACUUGUGGCCCCAGAUAAAGCUAAUGUCAACCGCCUUUACCACGUGCUUAGCGGACCAGCUACGCCGCUGGAGUUUAUCGUGUUUGCUCAGCCCACUACCUUCCCCAUUGCCUCAAUGCCACCUAUGAGAGGGCUCGCGGUACACAUGUGGCUCCGUCUCGCCGACUCGUUAAACCCAGUCAAUCGAUUACAGCUAUUUCGAUUAAGUGGCAAUGGUGCUGCUGAAUUGGGUGUUUACUUAGACGACAGUCAAAUCAAAGCCGAAGUGGUUACCGACUCCGAUACAACAUUAAUGUACCCGUUCAAUCAGCACGUCGACGACCUUGGCGUUGGCGCAGGCAACUGGCUCCACGUGGUGUUGACCUACGACGACUACGGCAAUCUUAAUUUAUUUCUUCAGGGCGAGUACCUGGAGCUGAUGCCGUGCCCUGAACUUCAACUGCUACUCCAAGGGUUCACUAAAGUGGUAUUGGGUCUGCCGGGAGCGGAGUUUGUGGUGCUGACAGUGCUGAUACUCAGUUGCAGUCUCACUAGUGAGUGGGUGCUGUUCCUAUAUGCUUUAGGUCCAGCGUUCACUUGGCUGGUGAAAGAGGCUCUGACAGAUACGCUUAUGGCUACCGUCAGUCGGCUAAACCAGCGCCAGCUUAUUGAGCUUGGCUACAAGCUCAAACUGAUUGGUCAGCGACGAGACGAACCAUUUAGCACAGUGUCGAAGCAAGUCAUCAUCAGCCAAUUGGCUCGUCUUUCUGGUGACCGCGUCGUAUUCGAUAUGAACGACUACUACCGUGCCUGUCACGACCGCAACGCUCAAUUCCGCAACUCAAGCUACCAUUUCCACACUGUCACCACUGUCCACGCCCUGCUAGCGAUCGUUGGUGGACCACAACUAUUAGUGGCCAUUCUCGAACGGUGCCUAGAACAGCAUCUGCCGGAGCUCAUAGAGAGAGCCCUUACCACGUUGUUUGCCGUAAUCAAUGCUGACUGGCGGUUCCGCGAUGAAUUUGAGAAUAAUCAUGGCUAUGGUAUGGUGCUGAUUUUACUCACAAAGCACCGGCAAUGGGUCAGUCCCACCGCGUUAACCGAGAUCUUGAAACAUUGUGGUUACGACCCUGAUGACAAACAACACCUGCUCAUUGUUAACAAGCAAUGUUAUCGCUUCAUCGUGCUUGCUAACAACUUUGACCUCUGGGCCCGCCCUAAUAUCGAUUCCUUAAUGGAGCACUUUGAUGUGUUAUUGCAUAAUAAGUAUCGUGCGUACAAUCAGUUGGAACUCCGCAAGAUGAAACUUCUCAAGCGACUCGCCCAGUUCCUCAAGGGGUACCCUGAAGCUGGCCAAGGGAUGGAGAAGUUCCUAGUGACUUUACUACGCAUAGACCCGCUGGUGGAGCUGAUACGCAUGCUCCUGAUGCUGGUGGUACUGGGAAACUCGGCCGCCACCAUCGUGCUGGCGCUUGCGCAGGUGCUCUGUGAUAAACUGAGUCUGAUCAAGACCAUCAAAAAGUUUAGUCGACUGAUAUCUAUCCACUGGCUAUUGCUUUUAUUCGAAGAUCAUUCUAAUCCGCCUCAGGUAAUCAUUGAUGGCAUCAGGCUUCUUUGUCGCUUGUUGAAGCUGCUUGGUCCUCACGUUAUUCGUCGCUUCUUUACCCUGAAUCACGGUGCCGAAGUGCUUGUUCACUUCCUCCGACAAUGGUGGCAGCAACCGCAAAUGCUCGGUCAGCUUGUGCUUGCAGCUUUUGGAAGUGAUAGCACUGGCGCCGAUACGAUGACGCAAGCGACGAAACGAGUGGAUCCACAAACGCCGCUAUUAGUGCCAGAAUUCCUCGUGGUGGUAUCGGGAGUGGUGGAGUAUAGUCUCCAUACGCUUUUGGUCAAGAGAGGACGCCACCUCUCACUGCCCACACGCCAACAUUUCGCUGAAGAUAGACUCGCAAUUUCCGUACUUGACGUGGUGGAAGAGUAUACGCAGAUGCUCACCACUGGCUUUGAGCGAGUCAAUGCUUUGCGUAACUUUUUCGUCACCAAAGAGUGGCUUGAGCCAGCUAUGCAGAUUGUUGGCUACCUACACACUAUUGGAACGUGGAACACCGAGGAACUGAUAAUCUUCCACCAGGCCCAAAUCAGGUUGUGUCAUGCUCUCGGCGACAUUAUCGUGCGCAAGAUACAAGCUAACCAAUUCCAAAUGACGGGGCUAGAUGAGUUCAUUGAGAAGACGUUAGUCGAGCUUGUGUUGCCUCAUGUGUUUACCGAAGUGACGCAGUUUUUGACCAAGUCCAAUUUUAUCCACAAUGAAAAGCAGCUACUUACAGGGAUGCUGGUGGUAGUUUCUGCCUAUCAACGCCAUCUUGAUCAAAACUACCGCGUGUCCGAUGCUGAUCUUCUGGCCUACCUUGAGUGUGUGGUGGCUCUUGCCGAAAUCGAGGGUAAUCUGCUCCCGGUGAAAAGUCAACUUGGACAACUAUUGUACAAUAAGCUUUGCCACGACUCCCUCAAAGUUGAUACGCUCAAGUUCAUGAUGUACCGCCAAAUGGUGGUGUUCCAACGCGAAGUCUUAAAUGAGCAGUUGCUUGGGAAAGUGGUCGCGGUGAUUCUUGGGUUUUGGGUCGAAAGUGCCGCAGAUGAUGCUUUGUUCGGUAACUUCUUGCGCACGGCCUACAUCAUGAACCAAACGCAGUGGCGCCAAGUGCUUUCGCUGGUAUUUUCAGCGGAGUACGUGGAUCCAUUGGUGCUGUUUUUUGAUUUGUUAGCGUCGCAAAACGACGACGAUGCUUUGAAAUGGUUGAAGCGGCGCGAUGUCGUGUGUCGCCAGGUGGUGAAAGUGGCGCUGGCGCUUACUUCCGACGGUGACACCCGCGUUAAGAUGAGCGAUAUGAUCGUGAUGAACUUCACCAAUAACGGUGCCAGCCUGGACUCGGUGCACAUCAGCCAAUACGUGCGUGAUUGUGCUAGUCUCCGCAAGCAAAUCAUUCACAAUGAACGAGUACGGCACAACCGCUGGCUUCAGGAUCAUAAGGAGAAUGUGGCCUACUUUGUCAGCCACUAUAAUGGCGUCAAAGGUGACGUCCUCAGGUGGAUGGGUGCCAGCGAUGAUACCAACGCCACCUUUACCUUGGAUGCCAUUGAUAAUGCUAACUUAAUGCGCCAGCGAUUUAUCUUAGCGGACCAGUUACUGGAACUGGAACGCCUUAGUUACCAUGUGGAUGUGCCUGUUCUCCGUGAAGACCUGCCCGAACCAUUGGAGGAGCUGUUCCUUGUACUUGACAUCGAAGACGCUAACGAGUCAACUCCCCUGGCUGAAGCCGACUUUGACGAAGAUAAAAACCGUAAGGUGUUGCGUCUGUUGUUUAUGGGGGACCAAAUCCUUGCCAUAUGGAAUAUCAGUCAAAUCAAUGGUCUCGCUCUGAUUGAGCUGGUGAUGAUUCUUGGCACGCUGCACUUAUACAUGAUUGAAAACUAUUACUGUACCCGUGAUGGUAAUAUCGUUGAUAUUGAGGAUGUGGCGGCAGAGGACCGUGACCCCAUUGUGGCGUUGCUUGACCAGCCGCAAUCAUCGGGAGCUCGUGAACACCGUACCCGCCACUGGCCCCUCACCCGCCUUGCUAACGUGCUGAAGCGUCCGUUCCUCCUCCGAGACGUCGCCUUGGAGCUCUUCUCCACCGAUGGCGCUCUGAUCUUAAUUACCUGUCGCCUGACUCGUGAUCGUGAUGCCGUGUACAGUAAGCUCAGCAGCUACGCGUCGCCCGCUCGCCUUGACCCGGAUUUGCUGGUGCUGCUUAGCUACGCGUCUGUGGUCACCAACGGCGGUGGCGUUAACGUCACCCUGCGACUCGUGCUGGCAUUCUCGGGUGCGGCGCUGGCGCUGGCCCAGUUUGCCAACAUCACCAAGAAAUGGCGCCAGGGCCGGUUGUCGAACUUCUACUAUCUCAUGUUGGUCAAUAUUGUGGCUGGGCGUACGUAUAACGACUUGCUGCAGUAUCCCGUGUUCCCCUGGGUGCUUGCGGACUAUACGCUGCCAACCCUUGAUUUAUCGGACCCUAAGGUUUUCCGUGAUCUUAGCAAGCCCAUGGGAGCCCAGCUGGGCGGGCGUAUGCGCCAGUUUGUCGAGAGAUACCACGCUCUCGCUAGUCUUGGUGACUCUGAGCUGGUACCUUUCCAUUAUGGUACCCACUACUCGCUGGCGAUGAUCGUGCUGCUGUUCCUCAUCCGUUGCCAGCCAUUUGUCCAGCUGUACUUGUUGCUUCAGGGAGGUCGAUUUGACCAUGCUGACCGCUUAUUCCUGCUGGUAGAGCGAGCCUGGCAACUGGCAGCGGUGGACAAUACCACCGAUGUCCGCGAGCUUAUCCCUGAAUUCUUUUACAUGCCCGAGUUCUUGGUCAAUACCAACCACUUUGACUUUGGCACCACUCAGCUGGGACAAUCAGUGAACGACGUGGCUUUGCCUCCUUGGGCUCACGGCGACCCUCAAGUGUUUAUUGCUAAGAACCGAGAAGCCUUGGAACUGCCAUACGUUCUGGCGCAUUUGCACGAGUGGAUUGACCUUGUGUUUGGCUAUAAGCAAACGGGGGAUGCUGCGGUAGAUAGUGUCAAUGUUUUCCACCACACGAGUUACCUGGGAGGCACCAAUUUGGAUGAUAUUAGCGACGACACUCAGAAGAGAGCUGUCAUUGGGAUGAUCAACAACUUUGGUCAAACGCCGGUGAGAGUGUUUCCUAAGCCUCACCCGCCACGGGAAGUACUUAAUUGGCCCAACCGCUACCUCAACUUGGUGGAUCAUCAACGGCUCAAGUUAGUGUUCCAAUCCAAGCUCAAACUGCCUAUUGUAAGACUUGAACUCAAGAAGAAACGCCGACUUGGUGGGGGUAUGCUGAGCUUGUGGGUGGGACGUCCGCAAUGUGUGAUAUCUGAUGGCUAUUUGGUCCGCAAGACUCGCCAAGGGUUCCUGCGCCUGCUUAACGUCGACUCGCUGACAUUUUUGGAUGUCCACGAUAGCAACAUUACUGCCAUGGCCUCCUUGGGUGUGAACGGAUUCGUCACUGGUGAUGCUGGAGGUCUUUUGAAAGUGUGGAAAUUUUCUCAAGAUAACCACUCUUUGGAGGCUAAAGGCACAUUGAGAGGCCAUGCUGCUGCUAUCGUCCACGUAUGUUAUAGCCCUAGUUUCCUGCUUGGGGUAUCUCUCGAUGCUGAUGGGGUGGUGAUGGUCUGGGAUAUGAUUCGUCUCAAGUUCAUCCGCCAAUUCAAAUUUGACGAUGCCACAGGGAAGAUCUUCGUGCUGAUCUCGCAUGACACCGGUAACAUGGGGUUUGUUUACAUGAAGGAGCUGAAGCUUGUUCUUCGCAUGCUUUCCAUCAACGGACACGAAUUGGUGACGCACGAGUUCCCUCUGCCGGCUCCUCGUGAAGUGACGGCGAUUAACUUUGGUCGCGUGGGCAAUAUGAACGAAGAAAGCGACCGCCAUAUAUAUUGGAGCUCGGAAAUCUUGGGCAUUGCCAUGGGCAAAGAACUCAAGGUGUACGAGAUUACCACUCCGCCCUCGGUUAACGAGAUUGAUCUGAUCUUAUUGCCGCAAGUGGAGGCUGCCAUCACUGCGUUUGAGUUGAUUAAAGCCAGUGAGGUGGACAUGGACGAGCGACUUGUGCGCGGUCAUUUAGAGGUGGUGUUAGGCGAUUACAAAGGUAACGUCUAUGCUUGA